AUGAGCUUUAGUUGGUUCACUCGGAGUUUGCACAGGUUAACAAUGGCAGCUCCACGAAAAGUCGCAAUUAUCGGUUCAGGAAAUUGGUAAGUCAAGUCGCUGGUGUUUCGAACCUGCCAUUUCGUUUAGAAGGAACAGAUGAAGUUUGCGUUUUGAUCUGUAUUCAUGAAAGCCCUUCUAGAACGACGAACAGUGAUGAAAAUACAUUGCUUUUGUUUUUGUUUUUGCAGGGGCUCUGUUAUUGCUCGCAUCAUUGGAGGAAAUGUGAAACAACAUCCGCAGUCCUUUGAGGAGGAAGUACAGAUGUACGUUUAUGAAGAGUUAGUGGAAGGGAGGAAACUAACAGAUAUAAUUAACACUGAACAUGAAAAUGUGAAAUAUCUCAAAGGUCACAAGAUCCCAGAGAAUAUCGUAAGUUGAUGCUCGACCCGGUAAAUAUCUAAAUCUUAAACCUAUGCUUGGACUGUUUCCCAGCUGAAACAGAAAUUAGUUUUUCAUCAGCAUUAAGGUAUAUUAAAAAGUGUUUGUAUUCACGAGGAAUGAUAAGAUAAGAUGAAUCUUCUGUAAUUGGAGAAGGCUUGAAAAUGUUGCUUUAGGCUGUUUUAAUUGGUCUUUUUGCGUUUAACUUGUUUGCAGUACAGGCAGAAUAUUGCCGUUACAUUGCAAGUUGAAAGAUAAUAUAAUUAUUACUGCCAAAUUUUCCAUUAAUCUUUGAUUGGGUGGAUUACAAAAGUAAACAGAUGCUUGUGUUUGGACAUGCAAUAUUAAAAUCAUACGUCUAUUAAAAACAGAAACCACAACAACAAUUGGUGAUGUACAGUUUUAUUGACAGUCUUAAAUUCCUUUAUAGUGGCUUAUUCGUCAUAUCGCCUCGGUUUAUAAAACCUUUUUUUAAGUUUAACACUUACAGUAUACAUACAAAUUAAACAAAAGAUGUAUCAGUGUAUACCAUACACCGCCCAGAUUCCAGCUGGUACCAGUUUUCCUGACAGAAGGGACUUGCCUUACUUUUUCGUGGGACUUUUUAGUUGUUGUGAAACAGAUUAUUCUGAAAGGAAAGGAAACAAUCCAGCUUCAAAUUGAUUGGUUUUGGAGGGUUUUUUAAGUGAAAGACUGCCAUUUGCAUAACAGAUUGACCAAUAAUAAGGAUUUCUGACAGAUACUAUCUCUAAAAUGACUAACCUACGUCUCAAGCGGAAAUAAUCACGAAACAGAAAAAUGAUUGUUUAUAUAACGUUCAGUGGCGUGAUGACACAGAGCUAUAGCCAAUAUUACCGCUGAGUCACUGAGCUUUUGGCUGAUUAAAUUGGUGAAAGAACAAAGUUUAAUUUUGUGCAAUAGUAAAUUUACUGCAUGUGUUAUUUUCAUGAAAGAACAUUAAGGAAUCCUAACGUGAGCCCAGCAAAAGGGGAAAAAUGAAGGAAAGCAGUUAAAUAAAUUGAGAUAGAAGUGAAAGAUGAAAGUUAAAGGGACAGUGCCACUUUUUUGUCAAAAAAUAAUGUCUCUCUGGAAAUUUUAGAACAUGCUUGAACUUAAAUGUAGAAGGCUAUAAUAAAUUAUUUGUAAUUUAGUGCCUGACUUUUCAUGGUGAAAGAGUGACCAGAAAAUUGCUUGACUGUGUUCCAAAGGUAUCUCAGCAAAACCUCCAAGUGUUUAUGGGUUGUUUAAAAACCAAGUUCCCAUGUGGUUUACUGCUAAUGACUCUUAUUUGAUUGUAGAAAGCCAACCCUGAUGUUGUCAAUGCUGCAAAUGGAGCAGAUAUUCUGGUGUUCGUUGUGCCACAUCAGGUCAUUAUUUUAUCAUAAAUGUUUUUGCUUACCUCUUGAUUAUGUAUGUAACCCACAGUUCUGAAAAAUUCAACACAAAUGUCCUGAGCCUUUUUCUUUGCUUGUCACUUUGUUUUGGGAACAUUCAAGGCUAAAAGGUAAUGCUGAUGUUCUCUCUAAACCUGUAUAAAGAAGGCACGAUUCAUUGCUUGCAUUCAUUUCAUUUAAGAAAGAAAUUUAGGAAAGUACUUCACAGAUUGCUUUCGGAUAUCUUAAAAAGAAAAGAUGACUAUAUUGAGACACCCUUAAUAGUUGAAAAAGUUCGAUUAAUAGUUUAGUGAUUUCUGUAUUAAAGUAUUUGUUUGUUUGCUUGUUCAGAUUUAAUGUAAUUAAAAUAAAACUGUGAUAGAAUAUUAUUUAUUGUAACUUCAAAUUGUAGUUUUUCUUUCCUUUUCCUUUCCUUUCUUUUCCUUUCAAUUUAUUUUUCUUUUAACUGGUCCGCCUAGAUUAGCAAUUGCUAUUUUGCGGGCCAGUCUAUUGUAACCAAUAGUCUUAUGAAAUAAAGUUGAAGUUGAAGUUAAUAGAAAUAAGACAGUGGCCUCUCAUGUACUCUGUUAUUAGAGUGAUAUGACAGACUCAAUUGUUUGCAUGGUUGUAAAAUGAACAUUUUUUUUUGCAUUUCUUCUUUACCAACAGUUUGUGAAAAAUGUUUGCAGGAAGCUUAAAGAUAGCUUAAAGCCAAAUGUGAUUGCUAUUUCACUAAUAAAGGUAACGGAAUAUACAUAAGUGAACGUGAAAUGUACAUAAGCAGGGAGUUCAUUAGGUGUAGGAGAUCGGAGAAUUCUCCGUUUGACACGUAGAGCUCUCCGGCUAAAGGUCAUUAGUAAAAUCCAACUAGUGGUCUAUUAUCAAUGCAGCAUUCUCAUUGGUUGAGCUACCACUAGGCUAUAUGUUGUAGCCCACUAGUAGCGAAAAGCACCGGCUUUGAAAACCAAAACAAUGGUGGCUGAAUUGCAUUUUGUUAGCUAAAGUUAAGUUGUCUCGAUAUUUUUGACCAACUAGUUGGAUUUUACUAAAACAAUUAUUCCUCUCGCCCUCAUGGCCUCUGAGUCAAUAGCCUGUUCAGCCUGCGGCCUCAUGGGCUAUUGACUCGGAGCCCAUUUGGGCUCAAGGAAUAAUUGUUAAAUAUUAUACGACUAUUUUUUACUUGGAUGUGGACCCUCUUCAAAAAUAUUUUCCUGCAAUGUUACACCUUUUUCCUGCUACUAGAAUUUUUAAUGAAAAACCCUGCAUAAGUGAACUACUAUACAUAGGUUGUGAAUAGUGACCUAGCAACUUAGCACUUAGUAAUGUAAAAAUGUUCCCUUCUCUUUUCACUGUUUUAUCAGUGCGACUUGUGCCUGAUGGUGUCCUUCUUGUUGUGUGAGGGCUCCUGGCUGGGCUGCCAGUAUUUCCAGCCAUUGGUUCUAGGUUUCUUCUAAGAGCUUGAUUCCACUGAUUUGAGCCCUUGCAGUGUAGUUGUAUCAGGCACUCCAACCACCAUUAGUCAUACAGUUUACACUGUUGCUACUCCAUGGAGGGUUUUUGGCCCUCCAGCCUUUUUAUGUUAAGAUCCACUUGUUCCUCAUCAAAACUUCCAGUAACCUCAAUGGAUUUUUUCUUAAACCAUACAAUACAUUAGAAUAUAAAGGUGUCAGCUGUAAAUGAGAUCAAAAGUGUACAAUUUUGUGCCUUCCUCGUAGCACAUCUUUUGCCUACCCAUAAAACUUUGUCCUUUUUUAACAGUUUGGUAUCGCAUGUAAAUUCAUGAGAAUUGAUGCAAUUAAGGAUGAGACUCACAUUAUGACUUGGAAAGAGUGCAGAAGAAAUAGCAUAGACCGAGCUGCUUCCCUCAAACGUCAGGCCAGCAUCAGGGCAAGUGACCAGCAAUAUUUUUCUUAUAAGGCCCUGGCGGGGUUGGCACCUGGCUCCAAACAAGGGGAAAGGGACAUAAAAGAACCCACAAUUCUGUCUGAAAAGACUAGGGGAUGAAGAUUAGUAGUGUGAUCUAUCUCUUAUGCGUCAAGGGGGCUAUUACCAGGGCUUCAUGCUGUUGCAGUGACCGUGCCCAAUUGGCGAAUAUGACAUGUGUCAUUGACUUGUGUAUUUAGUUCAUUAUUUAACGCAUUACAUUUUCUUUGGAUUGCUUUGUUACUCAUAUAUCUUGUCAGUAACUGUGCUCACAUUGUGGGUGGUUCCUCCUGAACAAUUUGUUGUCUGUCCUCUCUGAAUAAACUAAACAUUUAUUAUUGCAUCCACCUAAAACUAGCCCACAAAUACCACCACCUCCAAUCACUCUCUGUUGCUAGGCAGUGGCAGAUCCAGGGGCAGGCAAUAUAUUUGUCAGACUGCUGUAUUAUUGAUAAGCCUUUACUAUUAAUUUAGUUGCUUUGAAACUGAAAACAUUACAGCGAAAAGAUCACCUGCAACUUUUGUCUUGUAACUUGUGUUUUAUGGUGUCUUUCAACCAUGUAUGGGACUUGUUUAAAUUGACAUUAUCUAGACAAAUUGUUCCAAAGCUGUGUACUUUACUAGUGUAAUGCCACAAUCACUGCGCCAGUAUAUCAUGACAACAGCAAGGUUUAAAAAUGUAGUAGAAACUAAGGGGUAGUGGCCUGAAAGGAUGGAAGUAUUGGCUUUAGUAGUGGACACAAGUUUAACCCCUCUUAGUAAAAAUUUCUUGAUCUGCCUCUGGCUAGGGAUUUUUUUCAAAGAUAAAUGCCCAACUGAGAGAUAAAUUUUUGAGAUCUGUGCCUUUCCAAUCCCCUGCUUCCCCUGUCAGGGCCUUAAUUCUAUUGAAGUUAAAUCAUGUUUCCAGGAGAUGGUGCAGAUUUGUUUUUUUUUUUACUUCUUUAAACAUACAGUGUAAUUUCAAUAUCUGCUCAAGCUGGAGAUAUGGGAGUGGUUACCUUUAAACUAGAAGGCACUUGCCCUGAAAUAGCAGGCAGAGUUUUUUUUCCAUUAUUGUUAUCAUUGCAAACUGUUUUACAACACAUUAAACUGCAAUAUUUGUAUGGAGAAAUUAUGUAUGAUUACGAUUCCUGCCCCAAGAUGCUAACUUUGAUGUUGAGCAAGUGUCAUCUGGAAUGAGGGAAAUUUUCUUUUUUUUUUUUUUCUCUGCAGGGACUUGAUCAUUCUGCUGUGGGAUUAAACCUUGUUUCCAAUAUUAUCAAAGAUGAGUUAGGCCUUCCUGAAGUAAGUGUCCUUAUGGGAGCAAAUCUAGCAAAAGAAGUAGCAAGAGAAAUGUUUGGUGAGGCUACAAUAGGUAAGGAAUUUGUUUUCAUUUUUUGAAUCAACUCCCCCUUGUCCACCAUGGGGUGAAACCCUAACCCUAUUUAGUACAACACCCUCAAUUUUAUUACCCUGAUCAGGACAAAGGACAAAAUGUAUGCUGUCUUGUUUUAAAGCCAUUUAUUUGCAAUUGCAGUUGACCAAAUUCAUGUUAUAAUCAUUGCUUUUGUACACUUGAAAUACAAACAAAAUGCAUCUAGCAAAUCAAUUCAAUCGUGCAGGCAAUACCCUGUUGACAGACUCACAUGAAAUUGCAUACCCUGUUUAGGACAAAAAAAACCAUACUCUGUCCAGUGGCACACUCCAGUAUAAGCCAUAUAAGUGAGAGGGUACCUUGCAACCCCUGGGUUUGUCCAGUGCAGAUUUCAACACUUUAAGUGCUUGGUACCUCAUGAUAAAAUAUGACAGAUGAACCCAAGUACAACAAACCCACUUUACAGUAUGUCACAUUUAAAUCAGGUUGCAGAGUGGAAGAGCAUGGAGCUGUACUGAAGGAUCUGUUCCACACAGAGUACUUCAAAGUAAAUGUUGUAAAAGAUGCGGAUACUGUUGAGCUCUGUGGAUCUCUGAAGGCAAGUUUUGGUAGCAAGUCUUGUCAUGAGUAAUCACUAGUUAUUUUCAGGGUUCUCCCAAAAAUUUAAAGUUAAGGAGAAAAAAGUUAUAUGGGCAGCAAUGCAUUAGAUGGAAAAGUGCUUUUGUGUGGGGCUUCAGAGGGUGAUGCGUGCCUCAACUAGAACGUUUCUUCUAGAACUUUACCAUUACUUUGAUGUAAUGCUCUGCAAUAAUUUUUUUUCUUAAAAUUAAUAGUGGAAAAUGCACUCAGCUCGUCCAGCUAGUUUACAAGUACUUUGCUUAAAUAAGAAAAAAUAGAAAAAAUAAUCCAAAUAACAGGAUAAGAAACCCGAACUGGCAGGAGGCAACCAGUUGGCUAACAAGAGUGGCGGAGGAUGUGAAUUCGAGACAACCAAGAACAAUUCCAGCAAGUGGCCAAAGUGGGACUCAGAACCAUGGACCACCAUAUUGCGAGUCCAAUGCAUUGACCACUCAACCAUGCUGCCUUCAGACUUCAGUUCCCACACUUUAGACUUAGCUGUAUCAUCACUAAUUAAAGAGUUUUUUUUUUCUUUAGAAUGCUGUGGCAGUCGGAGCUGGAGUUGUAGAUGCUUUGGGGUAAGAAAACUUUUCUCUUUUUUAGUUGGGUAUAUUGACACAAGAACAAUUGCAAGGUUUUAAAUUGAAUAUCUAUUAAAAAAAAAAGAAAAUGUUACAGGGGCUAUGUCAUGUUAUUUGGUAUCCUUUUUAAAAGCUAAAACACAUUUUGGAUUACAAAAAUAACAGGCCAGUUUUGUUAUUUAAGACUAUUUAAUGGGUAUUGAAACUGUUUCCUGUCGUCUGUUGCUUCGAAUGGUAAGGAUGGACAUUGAUUGAAAUUGACUGAAACAAAACAGUUAUUCCAGUUAGUGCUCCCUGAUGAAAUUUCUUUGAUUUCCUUUUUAUAACUCUACUUGAACAUUUCUGUGUGGGAAGGGUGUAAAGACUCUAAGUAUUGACUUCAGUACAUAAUAAUUGACCUAAAACAGCAAUAUCCUAGUAACUUUGCCUCUUAAAAGAGAAACCUCAAGUUGUUUAUAAGGUCAAAAUAGCAUGGCUCUUUUCAUAAUAAAAACAUUGAAAGCUUCUUUAAUUUUAGGGUGCAAGCAAAUAUUGUUGGGGCCAACCGUGGUAGUUACUUUAAUCAUGGUUUUGAUCAAACCAAUAUGCUGUCACCAAAAGCAAUGAAAUAGCUUAUAAAGUUAGCCCAACUGUAUCAGCAGCCUAUAGAUUGUUUUUACUCAUGUUGUCAGUAGCUGUCGCAGGGGCGGAUCUAGGUGGAGGGUCCAGGGGGUGCACCCCACCCCCCCGAGAUGACCUGCGGUUUUCUAAUACAACUGGUGUUCUGCCAAAAAAAAACUAUAUGGUUUAUUGGUGUUGAAGUAGAGCAAGAGACAAGUGCACCCCCUCCUAAAAAAAAUCCUGGAUCCGCCCCUGUGUCGUGACAAUUUCUUGGAACGAAAGAAAGUUUUUAAAUGAGGAAAGGCUUCAAUUCCCACAUGAUAUUUUUGGUACACCAGCAUAACUACUGUUUUUUUUUUAAGUUUUGGAACACCAAUAUGGCCACUGUGACGUCAUGUGAAAGUGAUCUAUAGAUGGUUUGACUAAAGAAAUAAUAUUAUUCUUUUGAACUCUUAGUUAUGGUGAUAACUCGAAGGCUGCCGUCAUCCGUAUUGGGCUGAAAGAAAUGAUCCAGUUUGCUCAAAGAUUCUAUGAGAAUGUUGAAUUAGAAACAUUUUUUGAGUCAUGUGGAGUUGCUGAUCUGAUUACAACAUGUUAUGGUGGCAGAAAUAGGAUUGCUGGAGAGGAGUUUGUCAAAGGAAAGGUUAGAGGAAUUAAAUUCCAGCCCCAGUUGAUCAGGGGGUAGACAGGGCUAACCCUGGAAACCUGACUGAUAUGAAAUUUAGUGCUAUCUAUCUAAAUUAUGUAAAUUUAGUUCUAUUGCGCUUACCGGUCAUCCCAUGAUCGCAUCAGAUUUGUUUCCAUAUUCAUGAAUGUUUUGAUUGUCUGAACGCUCAUUUUUAGAUGUGUUAGCAAGGUGAUCUGGACGAUUAAGAUUUUAUGGAAGCUUAAGCUAUUUCUAUUUUUAGAUCAUAAAUUUUAUGCAUUUCCUAUCCCUCCUAAAAUUAUUAGACUGCUUGCAGUCAGUCUUUUCAGUGUCAGAGAGCAGAUGUGGAUAAAAAAGGAAAACCGCUUUUAGCCAAAUAGCACUAGGGCAAGUUGAAAAAAGACAUACUUUUCUUCCUCUUUGGGCGUGCACCCUAAUUUCUUGCCGCUUACAGAUUCACUGCUUGCUGCUUGUGAAUGCUACCCUGGUAGCGUGGCUUAAAAGAGGCUGCUCGCAGAAAAUGAUACCUGGUGAUAGAGCAAGCAGUUACUGUGCUGUUUUUAUUAUCUGAUUAUAGUAUAAGUUAGACUACCAUUACAUGUUUCUCAGGUAGGGCCACAUCCAUUUUGACUAUGUAGUAAACAACUUUUCCACUUAAGGAAAAUCUUGAAUGGCAUAAAAUAAUUAAUGCUAAGUAGACAUGGCAUGUAUAAAACAUGAAAACCUGUUCAAGGUAACAUGGAAAAGUCUUGGUUCUUAAGAUAGGCCAUUACUGUAGAAUCCUUAGUUUUUGUUGUUUUCAAAUUAAUUAUGAUAGAAGGUUUAUCUAACUGAACAGCAAAUCAGUGUCAUUAGUGAGUAACCAGUGCUGCGUUCAUCCUAACUUGUGUUUUUUUUGUGAAUCUUAAGACAUUUGAAGAGGUAGAGCAGUAUAUGCUGGGUGGACAAAAGCUUCAGGGACCACACACUGUCUACGAAGUUUAUCAUCUUCUCAAGGAAAAUGAUUUGUUGGAUGAGUAAGUAACCAUAGUGUCAACUCUGUCUUGUUCAUCAUUUUGAUGAUAUUGAAAUGAGGCCUUUUAAGUGGGGGGCGGGGGGUGGGGAGUGGGUGCACAGGGCUGUCACUAAGGGCCGGGGAUUUCCCCCGGCUACUUUCAUAGAGAACGAAAGGAAAAUGGCACCAAAAGAACUUCCUAGCUUAACAAUAUCAAUUCCGAUAUAAUAAAAUUCAUACUUGGCUGCAAGGCUUGAGGGAAUAAUACAAAAGAAAUCAUCUUGAGGCUCGGCAAUGAAUGAUACAUUUUUUUGUUUUAUUCCCGCAAUCCUUGGAGCCAAGUAUGAAUUUAUCGAAAAUGGUCCAUUCCCAUCCUACUAAUUGCGUAUACUGGCAACUUGACAUUUUAGCAACAGCCCUGGGGUACAUAUGUCCCAAGUUUAAAUUACAAAACAGGUCUCUUUGCAUAGUGAGGAGAUAGCUAUGUUGCUGUUGGUAUUCAGUACUAGUGUAUUUGUGAUUGUCCUUGGCGUCAUCGCAGUUUCAACCCAUUUUUAUGUGGUUUGUUUCCAUGUCAUCUGUCUUAUGUUGCUGUUUCAUUGUCAUGUCAGUUAUCGGAGUUUUCCUAUAACAGGACCUCUGCAAUGCCUUCAGGAUUGGAAAAUACUGUUGUCAUCAUCCUCGGAGACCCAGGGGCAGAUAGUGGGGGAGAGGGAAAGUCUAAACGGGCAGAAAAAUAUGGCACGAACCAAAGUAAAGAACGGCGAGAAGAGCCCCUGGGGACAAUGUCUUACCAGACCAGUUCCAAACGGUCGCCGCCGUUCUGACUUCUGAUUGGUGCCAGAAAACUUUUGUGUUUUUCUGCCCAAUCAGAAGGCAGAACAGCGGCGACCGUUUGGAACUCGCCCCCACUAUCUGCCCCUGGGUCUCCGAGGAUGUGUUGUCAUUUGACUUUUUUCAUGUUCAGAAUGAUUUGACCUUUCCUUUGCUUCACUUUGCUUGUUUUCAGGUAUCCGCUUCUUACAGCCAUCUACAAUGUCUGUUUUGAGAAGCAUCCUCCAUCAGAGAUGAUAGAAGUACUCAAAAGACACUUGUAAUCAUGCCUUAUGAAAACAUAAUCAUAAUUAUUAGGUGAUUAAGCAAGUAUAUAUUUAUUUAUAUUUUGUGGGUUUUUUGUGUCAUAUUCCUUAGCAUCACAAGUUUUUUUAGAAUUCCAGUGUUUUUAGUUCACCAGACCAGAGGACUUCAGGUAAAUAUUGUCCCUUUGGUCCUUGGUUGUAUUAAAAACUGGACCUCCCCAGUGGCUUAAAUCAACCAAUGUCAAAAUACUAAUUUCAAUCCAAUCUCCAUUAGUAUUUUUACACUUUUUGAUCUGAUCGGUUCGCUAUCUUGGGAUAUUUAACAAAAUUAUUCCACGCGCGCGCGUUGCAUAUGAGUUGGUAGUGUCGAGUUGGCUGUAAGCGUCUUGUAUUGUUAAAUAUUCACUCCCAAGCGAGUGGAUACUGAAAUACAGAAACAAAAUGCCUGGCAUGAGCUCUGUGUUUGCCUAAGUUUAGAGAAAAAACGUUUGAAAAUACAGGAAAAUCCUAGCGUUGAUGUUUGUAAAGGUAACAAAAGACUUCAAACUAUUCAUAACUGCUUUUUCUUUGUGAACUCAGGAUUUCUUCACAAGACGAAUUUUUGCCCAGAAAUUGAAAUCUGAAUUUUUGAAAAAGCAAAUGAAAGCAAAUGUUUGCGAAAACUCUACUUGUCAUCAAGUAAACAAGACAAAGACUAGAAUCGUUAAUUUACUUUUGCUUGCCUUUAUUCGAGAUUCUGGAGAUGGUAGAUUUAUGGUAUAGUCGGUCAGUCACAGAGUUAUAAUGCCGCAAUAUAUUUGAAGAGAAUUUCGAAAGCAUUGCACACAUGAUAUUUUACUGAUAUGGUGAAAAUUAAUAUUUGUAUGUAUCCUUGAUUUGUCGUCCUUUUCUAUGGCUCUAGAGGUCGGUUCUUUAAAUAUCAAGGAUGAAAUAAGUCGGCUCCGUUGUCUCGGUUUCGCCGCUAGGUUCUUAUAUGAUUUAGGAGAAAAACCUUUGACUGGCACCUUGAUUGUUGUAAAUAAAUAGCAUUUUUACUUAUCUACACAAUGUAACAAAGUUGUUUGUUUUUUUACUUUUAUGUUAUGAUCUGAAUGUGAAAUAAAAGUGUCUGUACCAAUCU